AUGUCUUAUCGUGGAGGAGGUCGUGGUGGCUUUGCCACAGGCGCCAACCGUGGAGGAAGUUUCGGUGGACGUGGUGGUCGCGGAGGAUUCUCAGCCCCAACCGGACCCCCAGCACAGGUUCUGGAGAUGGGAACUGUCAUGCAUGCUUGCGAAGGCGAGAUGGUUUGCGAAUCCGUGAAUCCUAAGAUUCCUUACUUCAACGCCCCUAUCUAUCUCGAGAACAAAACUCCUAUCGGCAAGGUCGACGAGGUUCUUGGACCCAUCAACCAGGUCUACUUCACCGUCAAGCCCCAGGAGGGCAUUGUCGCAACUUCCUUCAAGGCCGGUGACAAGGUUUACAUUGGAGGAGACAAGCUCCUCCCUCUUGAGAAGUUCCUCCCCAAGCCCAAGGCUCCAGCAGGCGCGAAACCCAGAAAGACGAUUGGCGGCAGAGGUGGUGCCCGUGGAGCCAUGAGAGGUGGACGUGGUGGUCCCCCUCGUGGCCGCGGCGGCAUGUCGAGAGGUCGCGGAGGACCCAGAGGAGGUGGCUUCGGCGGUGGAGGCUUCGGCGGUGGAGGCUUCCGUGGUGGAAGCAGAGGUGGCGGAAGAGGAGGCCCCCGUGGAGGCUUCCGACGAUAG